GUGAGUAACCCUCAGCUCUCAGGUGACUCCCACUCUGACCGAGUCUUCUCUUUGCUCUCCAAUCUGUGCUUUAUUCUUAUUCUGUGGAGUACCCAUAAUUUCAUUGUACAUUGACAAUAAAGGGCUAUUCUAUUCUAUUCUAUUCUAUUCUAUUCUAUUCUAUUCUAUUCUAGGUUGCACUGGUCACAUCUGCCUCUUAACACAGAAUGUAAAUCUUACCAACACAUGUUCCUAUGAACUCAAACUUCGUGGAGCUUCUUUACUUACUGCACACCUGAAAUAAAUGAGUUGACAUGAUGAACCCCUCUGAAGUUUUGAGAUAAGAAAUUUGCUUUUUUGAAUGUGAAGCCAACUUACAAAUGUUACAGGACUAAACUUCAAAUCUUCACAGUAUCAGUCAGAACUUUGUUAUCCUCAUUGAAUAAACUUCUAAAGUUGAGACUGUCCUGAUGAAAUUUGGACAAACCUGUUUUACAGUUUCCAACGGCUGACAGGUCGGCUUUUGUACUCUGGGAAAAACAUCUUACCUGAGGAGUUCUGACAAAGCCCCGCCCCCCACUGACUCACUUGAAAGAAACUAGGAAACACCUUGCUAUUGUUCCUGACUAAAGAGACACAUACACCAUCAGACCAAAGUACCAGCUUCCUCUGAGCGAGUCCAGCUGCAGGACACAAAGACAACAACAGCCACACUGAAAGUAAGUUAGUCUAAACAUACGACUCAGAGGACGUUUCAGUGAAGAGGAGAAGGAGAACCAGGACUGACUGUACUUCCUGUUUUCAGCUUCAUUCACAAACUCGAUGGCUUCCGGAUCAGACAAGGAUCUUAACUGCUCGGUGUGUCAGAACAUCUUCUCAGAUCCUGUUGUUCUGUCAUGUGGCCACAGCUUCUGUACAGACUGUCUGAAGAGCUGGUGGAGAGCAGACUCAACACACAAGUGUCCAGUUUGCAGGAGAAGAUCUUCAAGGGACGAUCCACCUCGUAACCUGGCUUUAAAGAACCUGUGUGAGUCCUUCCUACAGCAGAGAGAUCAGCGAGCUUCAGAGGAUCUCUGCAGUCUGCACUCUGAGAAACUCAGACUCUUCUGUUUGGACCAUCAGCAGCCAGUGUGUGUCGUCUGCAGAGACUCUGACAAACACAACAAGCACAGAUUCAGACCCAUCGAUGAAGCUGCACGACAACACAAGCACAAGCUUCGGGAAGCUCUGGAGCCCGUAAAGAAGAAGUUAAAGGUCUGUGAAGAAGUCAAAGUGAAGUUUGACCAAACAGCAGAACACAUUAAGGCCCAGGCCCGACGCACAGGGAGGCAGAUUAAGGAGCAGUUUAAGAAACUUCACCAGUUUCUAGAAGGAGAAGAGGAGGCCAAGCUGGCUGCACUGAGGGAGGAAGAGGAGCAGAGGAGAGGGAGGAUGGAGGAGAGGGUGGAGGCUCUGAGCAGAGAGAUAGCAGCUCUUUCAGACACAGUCAGAGCCACAGAGGAGGAGCUGAGAGCUGGAGACGUCUCGUUCCUGCACAACUACAAGGCUGCAGUGGAAAGAGUCCAGCACUGCCCCCUGCUGGAUGAUCCACAGCUGCCCUCAGGAGCUCUGAUAGACCAGGCGAAACACCUGGGCAACCUGACCUUCAACAUCUGGAACAAGAUGAAGGACUUGGUGUCCUACACGCCUGCGAUCCUGGACCCUAACACCGCUCACCCUGAAGUCCUCCUGUCUGAAGAUCUGAGCAGCUUUAGAACAGGAGAGAGGCAGCAGCUUCCUGAUAAUCCCGAGAGGUUUGAUGGAGACAGCUGUGCUGUCCUGGGCUCUGAAGGCUUUAAGUCAGGGACUCACAGCUGGGACGUUCAGGUUGGAGACAGCAAACUGUGGAUAACAGGUGUGUCAGCAGAGUCCUGUCAGAGAAAGGGACACAUACAAUCUGGAUUUCUGGAAAUAGGGCAUCAAAAUGAUCGAUAUUAUGAAUGGGCACCACCAGCUCCGGUGUCUUUUCUCCCAGUAAGGAGGAAGCUCCAGAGGAUCAGAGUGACUCUGGACUGGGACGGAGGGAAGCUGUCGUUCUCUGAUCUUGACACUGACACACACGUACACACCUUCACACACACCUUCACUGAGAGGAUGUUUCCUCUUGUUGAAGGUGACUGUAAGUAUUGCACCACAGUGCAGGUGUUACCGAUGAAGGUGUGUGUGACAAAACAGGCUCCCGACUUUCCUGCUAAAGUGAGGAAUUCAAAACAGCCAAUUUAAGACGUGAUGAUAAAUUUGGAUUUAAUCUGUUUGGUUUUGGGCUUUUUAGUUGUCUUCUGGUUCUGUGUUUCCUCUUCCCCUCUAUAGAGUUGUUAACUGCAUCUUAAGCACAAAGGUCACUCUUUGAGGAUGCCAAUGUUCACAUUUUGGACAGAGAGGACAGAUGGUUUGAAAGAGGAGUGAAAGAAGCAUCUAUGUCCACUG